ACAGCUGAGCACCUCCUUGCGCUGCAAAGGAGACAUUGCAAUGCAAACCCUGCCGGUGCUCCCUCUGCAGAAAGGCCCCCCCUGAACCCCCAUAGGAAAAGGCAGGAAGGCUUAUUUCUUUUGGCGCGUGGGGCUUGCAAUGAGAACCCUGAGAAUGGAGGGUCAGAGGGUGAAUCUUGCUUCCCAUCAGAGAAUUCACACAGGGGAGAAACCAUUUCCAUGUCAAGAGUGCGGAAAGAGCUUCAAACAGAGCACAGGUCUCAUUCUCCAUCAGAUAACUCACACAGGGGAGAAACCGUAUGAGUGCUUGGAAUGUGGGAAGAGUUUCACUCAGAACAACCAACUCACUGCCCAUCAAAGAUUUCAUACAGGCGAGAAACCCUAUCAGUGCUUGGAAUGUGGGAAGAGCUUCAGUCAGAGCACACACCUUACUUCCCACCAGAGGAUUCAUACAGGGCACAAACCAUUUCAGUGUUUCGAAUGUGGGAAGAGCUUCAGUCGGAAGGAGAGCCUCAGUUUACAUGAAGGCACUCACACGGGGAGCAACCCGUUAAAUGCUGGAGAUGUGGAAACGGCUUCGAUUUCAAGCGGAGUCUCACUGUCCUUUUAAAAAUUCAUACUGGGGAAGGAUAUCGGUGCUUGAAACUUCUGCUAAGAUUGGGGGGGGGGAACAGAAAGCAGAAAAACAUGGUUGGCGUAUCUCAAUAAAGGCCUCUCAUGAUAAGGACAUCUCCCUCUUCUGGAGUACAAUAUCAGGCCUCCUGGAGAAUGCUUGCAAUGUUCCAGUGUGUACUAUCAGACCCAAUGAAUGAAUCCAGUAUUGUCAUUCACUCUAUCAUGGGCAGGAUGAUGAGGUCAACCAAAUACCAGAAUCUUUGGGAAACUUCCCACCCUGGCCUCCAGUAUCGAGGUCAAGUACCUUACUUCACAGUUAAAUAAUAAUAAAGCACCCGGCAUAGACUAUUUGCCCCCAGAACUGUUGAAAUCUAACAUCGCCUGGUGGGCCUCCCUGCUGGUGGUAAUAUUGUCAUUUAUCGAUUCAUCCGCGUUAUUUCCUGAAGUUUGGGCCACAGCUGCAGUAAUCCCUUUACUCUAAAAAGGGCCUUCCGGCUAGUUAUAGACCAAUUAGUUUGCUACCUGUAAUUAGCAGAUUAUCUGCAAAGCAUCUUUACAAUAAGCUAGUUGAUUGGAUAACCUGAUGGAGCAGGAAUUAGAUAAGGCGGAUCCACUAUAGACCAUUGCUUUGUACUUGCCCAAUUUAUAGAUAAGUAUGUUAAGAAACCAGGCGGUGUGCUAUGUACGGCUUUCAUUGGUCUGAAAGCCGCAUUCGAUUCAAUCUCUCGAAGAAGACUGUGGGAUAAGCAGAACUCUUCAAGUAUAGAUAAAAGAUUAUUGUUAUUGUAUAAAAACGCUGUGCUAAAAGUGCGUUGCUCUACAAAUGAGCAGCUCGCAGGAUCCGUACCAGCCACAAAGGGAGUUAAGCAUUGUUUAAUUUAUAUAUUUAAUUUAUAUAUAAAUGAUAUUGUCCAGGGUUUAACAUCUCCAGAUUACCAAUGGCCACAAAAGCCAUUUUUAUAUUACUAUAUG